ACUGACCCUCCACGCGGAGUGCGGGCGAACGUGCUGAGACCGCCGGGCCGGGAGGGCGGAGACUGAGCGGGGAGGGAGAAGCCCGUUUAGCCAGCCCUACGGAAGCCUGCGAGGGAGGGUAGUGUCCACUGCCCCGUUUGCUGUCGCGAUGCCCAGUGCCAACGCCAGCCGCAAGAGUCAGGAGAAGCCGCGGGAGAUCAUGGACGCGGCGGAAGAUUAUGCUAAAGAGAGAUAUGGAAUAUGUUCAAUGAUACAGUCACAAGAAAAACCAGAUCGAGUUUUGGUUUGGGUUAAAGACUUGACAGUACAAAAAGCUGAUGAAGUUGUUUGGGUACGUGGGAGAGUUCACACAAGCAGAGCUAAAGGAAAGCAGUGCUUCUUAGUCCUACGUCAGCAGCAGUUUAACAUCCAGGCUCUUGUGGCAGUGGGAGACCAUGCAAGCAAGCAGAUGGUUAAAUUCGCUGCCAACAUCAACAAAGAGAGCAUCGUAGAUGUGGAAGGCGUUGUGAGAAAAGUGAAUCAGAAAAUUGGAAGCUGUACACAACAAGAUGUUGAGUUACAUGUUCAGAAGAUUUAUGUGAUCAGUUUGGCUGAACCCCGCCUGCCCCUGCAGCUGGAUGAUGCCAUUCGGCCUGAGGUAGAAGGAGAAGAGGAGGGAAGAGCUACUGUUAACCAAGAUACAAGACUAGACAACAGAGUCAUUGAUCUUAGGACAUCAACUAGUCAGGCAAUCUUCCGUCUCCAAUCUGGAAUCUGCCAUCUCUUCCGAGAAACUUUAAUUAACAAAGGUUUUGUGGAAAUCCAGACUCCUAAAAUUAUUUCAGCUGCCAGUGAAGGAGGAGCCAAUGUGUUUACUGUGUCGUAUUUUAAAAAUAAUGCAUACCUGGCACAGUCCCCACAGCUGUACAAGCAAAUGUGCAUCUGUGCUGAUUUUGAGAAGGUUUUCUGUAUUGGACCAGUGUUCAGAGCUGAAGAUUCGAAUACUCACAGACAUCUCACUGAAUUUGUUGGUUUGGACAUUGAAAUGGCUUUUAAUUACCAUUAUCAUGAAGUUAUGGAAGAGAUUGCUGAUACUUUGGUGCAAAUAUUCAAAGGACUUCAAGAAAGGUUCCAGACCGAAAUCCAAAUGGUGAAUAAACAAUUCCCCUGUGAGCCAUUCAAAUUUUUGGAGCCAACUUUAAGACUAGAGUAUUGUGAAGCAUUGGCUAUGCUUAGAGAAGCUGGAGUUGAAAUGGGAGAUGAAGACGAUCUGAGCACGCCAAAUGAAAAACUGUUGGGUCGUUUGGUAAAGGAAAAGUAUGAUACGGAUUUUUAUAUUCUUGAUAAGUAUCCAUUGGCUGUAAGACCUUUUUAUACAAUGCCUGACCCAAGAAACCCUAAACAGUCGAACUCUUACGAUAUGUUCAUGAGAGGAGAAGAAAUAUUAUCAGGAGCCCAAAGAAUACAUGAUCCUCAGCUGCUGACAGAGAGAGCCUUACAUCAUGGAAUUGAUUUGGAGAAAAUUAAGGCUUACAUUGAUUCCUUUCGCUUUGGAGCCCCUCCUCACGCUGGUGGAGGCAUUGGGUUGGAACGAGUGACCAUGCUGUUUUUGGGAUUGCAUAAUGUUCGUCAGACAUCGAUGUUCCCUCGUGACCCAAAACGACUCACUCCUUAAAGAAAGUUAUGCUUUUUAUUCUGCCCGGUAACCUGCUACUGAUCAGGCUAUAUCUUAGGUACUUAAAAUACACCUUAUAAAAAUGUCUUAUCUAAGUGCCACGGGUUUUUUUUGGAUUAAAUCAAUAUAAGUUAGUUUAAAAGAAAAGAUUUUUUUAUAACUUUUGACAUGCUUUGUUAGGAAAUGCUGGAACAUUUUUAACAAGAAAUUCAUAUGAUUAUGUUUAAAAUUCAUACUGUGUUACUAUAGUAAACAUUAACAGGAGUUUUAAGCAGUUAAAGUUUCUGCAAAUUUUUUAAUUUUUUAUAUUAUGUUGGCCACAGCAUUAAUGUCUUACAUUUUAAACAUUUUAACUUAUUUUUUAAAAUUCUGACAUUGAGAUAAGAACAGUUGGAGAAGUAUCUGAUAUUUUAAUGUAUUGACAGUCUCGUGAAAAAUUGGCCGAAAGUAUGCUCAGAAAUCAUGUGAAGUAGGUGAAAAUAUUAGUUAGAAAAUAUUCAGUAUGUUGUAUUAAAUUGUUAAAUUCUAAAACUGAAUUUCAAUAAAAUUUUAAAGCUAAUUA